GUGCGAUGAUUCGGUAACGGUGGGCGUUUGAAAUCGUGCGUGCAACGAUGGACGAUGCCAACACCACCGCUGUGCCGGCGAUCAUCACGGCUCCGCCGACAACGACCCCUCCAGACACCCCCGGGAGAUGGAGAGAGUCGUCCGACUUUGUUGCGAGGUACAAAUUCCUGUACGAUCGCUUGCUGUCCCAACCACCAGCGCUGACAGCAUCGGUACCAAGUGACGUGUUGUCGCGGCUGCAGGGCACCAACCUGACCUGGACCACGUUGAACACAUUCGCACAACGAGCGUUGCUUUGGGACGCAGGGUACGUUCGCGUUACCGCGACGCAGUUUGCAAAAGUCUUGACGCCGUGUGGCUGGGGCGGCGAAGUCGAUGUUGGUGCUCCGAUGUCGUCGAUUGCCUUUCGAUCGAGCGACUUGGGCGUGACGCUCAACACUUGUGUGAAUGCAGUUGGGGAAUACUACCUUCGCUUGAAUACGUCCCUGCCGACCCAGCUGCGAACGCCCCUCAAGUGUGCUAUCGAAGUCUUCGCUCCGCCAGCGGUCUCCAACUCGAGCCUUUGGUCCCAAGAUACCCUACCCAGCACCACGAUCCCUGAGCUAUCUGCCCAGUUACAUCGCAGCGCCAACUCCACGCAUGCCGCGAUCCAUGCUUCUCCCAUCCAGGAGCCCGUGGCAGGGACGUGUCCUGCGUCCGACGGGAGUUUCGUUGUGCCAUGCCAGCUGGUUGUGCUUGGCACGGGGUGGUGUCGUCCCGAGGGCAGCAAACUGAUGGCGUCCUGGCUCAGGGACUUACAAGUGUUGGCCAGUCGCACCAAAGCGCCGACGGCCCAGCCCAUCGUGACCUCAUCACCGACCAAGGUCGCGCCGUUGACUCCGCUCCCCACCAACAACAAACCCGUCGUGCCAUCGCCGACGCUGAACCCAUCCCGCGACGUGGUCGUCAUCGUGGUCGGCGGUGCAUUCGGCUUGUUUGCUCUCUUUGUCGGGGUCUGCUUCAUGCGAUGGUUCCACGGCAAGUUAAAGUCGAUGAUGGAAGGAAGCUACGUGCCGGUGUCGACGCCACACACCUACCACCCUUCUCACGUCGAUCCACCGCGGCAGGUCUAAAAUUGUAUUAUGUCAUUCGAUUGCGUUUCAGGGCUUCUUCUAGCUUGACU